AUGUCUAAUCAAGAAGGACCUUUGUAUCUUGGUUUCGACUUGUCUACGCAGCAAUUGAAAGCAAUUAUCAUUACUUCUGAGUUAAAGGUUCUUUAUGAAGCCAAAGCCGAUUUUGACGCGGAUCUCAGUAAAUAUGGCAUCAAGAAAGGUGUUCUUGUCAAUGAAGCCGAGCGAGAAGUCAUAGCUCCUGUGGCUAUGUGGUUAGAAGCGAUUGACCUUGUCCUCCAAAGACUAAAGGACAAGCAUGUCCCAUUUCACCGGAUCAAGGGAAUUUCAGGAGCUGGUCAGCAACAUGGAAGUGUCUACUGGAGUAACAAAGGAGAGGAGGAAUUAAAAUCUCUCAAUCCAGAUGAGACUUUGGUGAACCAAUUGUCAAAGGAUGCGUUCGCUCAUCCAUAUAGCCCAAAUUGGCAAGAUGCAAGCACUCAAAAGGAGUGCGAUGCUUUUGACGAUGCUCUUGGAUCAUCCGAAAAACUGGCCCAGGUGACUGGAAGUAAUGCUCAUCAUCGGUUCACGGGACCACAAAUAAUGAGGUUUCGAGAAAAGUUUCCAGAAGUUUACAAAGCAACUGCUCGUAUCGGUCUGGUUUCUUCUUUCCUGGCGUCUGUAUUUCUCGGGAAAAUUGCUCCAAUCGAUAUAAGUGAUGUAUGUGGUAUGAACUUGUGGGACAUUAACGCUGGGAGCUGGAGCGAACCACUUCUCUCUCUCGCUGCCGGAAAGGAAGGAUUGCAAGAGCUCAAAGCAAAGCUAGGAGAGGUUCGCGAGGAUGGUGGUGGCUCAAUGGGACCUGUGGCCCCAUACUUCGUCUCUCGUUUCAACUUCUCUCCUGAGUGCGGAGUCGUCCCAUUUACAGGAGACAACCCAGCCACUAUUCUAUCACUCCCUCUGCGACCAUUGGAUGCCAUUGUUUCCUUAGGGACAUCGACGACGUUUCUCAUGUCUACACCAACAUACCUUCCUGAUCCAUUAUAUCAUUUCUUUAACCACCCAACGACCGCUGGACUAUACAUGUUCAUGCUUUGCUACAAAAACGGGGGUCUAGCACGCGAGAAAAUCAGAGACACUCUUAUUCCCUCCAAGACCAAAGAUCCAUGGUCUACGUUCAACGAAACAGCUCUUUCCACCCCACCACUCGGCCAAUCCUCUUCCACAGACGAAGCAAAAUUAGGGCUCUACUUCCCUCUCCACGAAAUCGUUCCCAACGUCCGAGCUGGUACAUAUCGCUACACCAUCUCUCCAUCAUCUCAAAAGCUCACACCUGCCACCCAACCUUGGCAACCCGAAGCAGACGCCCGCGCAAUCGUAGAGUCACAAAUCCUCUCCCUCCGACUCCGUUCCCAAAAGCUUGUCUCUCCACACAAAGAUCUUCCACCUCAACCACGGAGAAUCUACCUUGUAGGCGGUGGCUCUUUAAAUCCCGCUAUAGCACGUCUCGUAGGCGAUGUUCUGGGUGGCGCUGAGGGCGUGUGGAAACUAGAUGUUGGUGGAAAUGCAUGUGCGCUUGGAGGUGCGUAUAAAGCUGUCUGGGCGAUCGAGAGAAAGGGUGGAGAGAAGGGUAGCGAUGGAAAGUUUAUCAAUGGCGAAAGUUUUGAAGAGUGUAUUGGGCAGCGAUGGAGGGAGAGUGAGGCUGUGGUUAAGGUUGAUGAGGGGUAUAGACCUCAGACGUGGAAGAAGUACGGUAAUAUUUUGGAGAAAUUUGCGGAAAUGGAGAGCGAUGUUUUGAAGGGUGAAGGGAGGGAUUCAUGA